AUGUAUGUGAAAUGGUUUGAUACAGUAAUGUUUUACUAUGUGAUUUUAGUGUAUUAGUGAAUGUCAGUUUUUAAAAUUUUCAAAUUUCCCGCCGGUUCCGGCCCCCGUAUGUCCCGUACGUCCGGUGCUCGCAGGGACCGGAACUCGGAGAUGGCCAGGGAUGCUGCAGGGGACACAUCGCGGGAGCGCAGGACAAGGUAAGUGAUCCAGGGAUCCCAGAGCAACGCUGCAUGGUAUUCCUGAGUGUAGCUCGCGCGUUACCGCUUUUGCUACACUCGGGAAUACCUCCAGGGAAGUUA